ACAGGACACAGGAAGAGUCUGAAUAUAACUUAAUACCAUGGCAGCAUGCUGGAGAAGAAUCCUGAUAAUAUUUGUGGUAGCUCAAGUACUAUUCGUGGUAAAUACCUUUGAAGAAGAGGAUAUACCUGAAGAAUGGAUUCUUCUUCAUGUUGUUCAAGGUCAGAUUGGAGCAGGAAACUACAGCUAUUUGAGACUAAAUCACGAGGGAAAGAUAAUACUAAAGAUGCGGAGUUUAAAAGGUGAUGCAGACUUGUACGUAUCUGAUAUGACACUUCACCCCAGCUUUGACGAGUAUGAGUUACAGUCUGUAACCUGCGGCCAAGAUGUUGUCCAUGUACCUGCACACUUCCGCCGCCCAGUGGGAAUAGGGAUUUACGGUCAUCCCUCUCACCUGGAGAGUGAAUUUGAAAUGAAAGUAUACUACGAUCAAACAGUUGUACAGUAUCCGUUUGGCGAAGCUUCUUACAACCCUGAGGAGAUAGAGGCAAACCAGAAACACUCAGAGUCUACAGAAGAUGAGUCUCAGGAUGAGGAAUCUGUGUUCUGGACUAUACUUAUUGGAAUCUUGAAAUUAAUACUUGAAAUUCUUUUUUAAAUUGAUACACACUGGACUAAAUCACACCAGCCUGUGAAAUUGAACAUGAAUGACUUGCUGUAAUAUUUAAUACUCUUUGUUAUGUUUCCUGAAGAGGUAUUCAGGUUACUUUUCCUAAACCAGAAAGGAAGUGGGGGGGAAAAAGCCAUAUUUAAUUUUAUAUUGUAAAUCCUCCCCAUAUGUAAAAUGAGCAGCAAGCACAGUAUUUGCAGUGUUCUUCAGAGAUCAGG